AUGGCGAACCCACUGCAGCAGGCAAGCAGGAUAUUCCAGGCCUUCCGAAAGGGAGGACCAACGUUUGGAGCAUGGCAGAUGCUCCCCGGCACAAACCAUUCUCGUGCAAUAGCCCGCUCAGGCGUGGACUGGAUCUGCGUCGACUGCGAGCACGGCAACAUCGACGACUCCCAAAUGCACGAAGCCGUCAACGCUAUCGCCAGCGCCCGCGUCUCCCCCCUCGUUCGCAUCCCCGCCAACGAACCGCACUACAUCAAGCGCGCCCUUGACGCUGGGGCCCACGGCAUCGUCGUGCCCCUGAUCUACUCCGUCUAUGACGCGCAGGAACUCGUGUCCGCCGCGAAAUUCCCGCCCCAGGGUACCCGCGGCUUCGGCUCCCCCUUCAGCACGCAGACCUUCAACGAUGAUGACCUACCCACGUAUCUGCAGCACGCGAACGCCGCGCUGAUUACGAUCGUGCAGAUUGAGACGAAAGAAGCGCUGGAGCAGGUCAGCGAGAUUGCGGCCGUGGAGGGGGUAGAUUGUUUGCUGAUUGGGCCCUUUGAUCUGGGGAAUAACAUCGGGAGACCGAUACUGGGGGAGAUGCAUGUGGAGUUGAAGGAGGCGAUUGACCGGAUCAAGGAGGCUGCGCAUGCGAAGGGGAAGAAGGUAGGUAUCUAUUGUACGACUCCUAAGGAUGCGAGAGAUUGUGCGGAGAGGGGGUUUGAUUUUAUUAGCAUUGCGAACGAUCGCGGGGCGAUCACAGAGUACUUUAGCCAGACGUUGAAGGUGGCGAGCGGGGAGUCUGAGUUUACCUCGUAA